GAGAUAAUUUUUUUUUUUUUUUUGGUAACGAAAUCAAUAAUGAAGUCAUGUUUAAACAUAUGAAUCCCCAAUAUAGUAGAAAAUAAUAGGGGGGUAAAAGGGACUGUCAAUCAUCUAUAUAUAAAAAGAUAUAUUUCAAUUCAAUUCCUGCUUUUUUUUUUCAAGACCAACCUGCUCUUUAUUUACGACUCCUUAGUUCAGUCAGGGAAUAUUUUGUUAAUUUCUUUUUAUUGAACGGUUUUAUUUUACUUAAACACCAAUAUAGUAACUUGAACGACUUCUUUUAACGACAAACUUAACAUUUGUUUAAAGUUAUUUGACUGAACCUUUACGUCCCAUACGUUUUUUCUAUUACAAAAUAAUAUAAUAUGUGGUGCGAUAAUUGUUGUUUAUUAUUUCCGUUACGAGCUGGAGCCAUGGCUCUUGGUGUGAUAAUGGCGUUAUAUCAAAUUGGAGCUGGAAUAUUUUUAUUUCAAUUAGGAGAAUUUUUCUUUACGCUCUUUAAAGAAGCAGCAAUCUAUGGUGGAUAUGCAAUGGGUCAAGGAGCGUUAGCAUUACUGGCAGUUAUAGCACUUUCAUCAAGAUCAUAUGUAUUUAGCAGAUUUAUCUUUUUACUAUAUCCUGUAAUAAUAGUAUUAGGAGCAGUUAGAGCAGGUGUAAUGGUAUGGUCAUUAAAUAAAUAUUCAGAUAGGAUUAUAUGGUCAUGUAAUAAUGGAGGAGUUAGUUGGGUUCAAGCACAUGAAGAAUAUAAUGGUUUCAAACCUCCACCAGCAUUAUAUGAUAGUCCAAAAUUACCAAAUCAAUUUUGUACAGCUGGAGUUAAACAAAUAUCUAAUGUUUUUGCUCUCUUCCUUGUGGUUGAUUUCGUAUUAAUGCUUUAUUUUUACUUCCUAAUAUGGCGAUUUAAUGUUAGAUUGCAACAUUAUCCAGUGCAAAAGAAUGAUCUCGUUUAUCCUUAAGCUUUAAUAUCAUUCAUUGAUCGUAAUGAACUUGAAACAACUUACCUUCCUUUUCUCUCAUUUUUUUUUCUUAUUUAUCGUUAUGAACAAUUUACCCUUUUUCCUAAAGUAUUCCCUCACGUUAAAUAAUAAUUAAAUUAACGGAGAAAUUAUAUUAUUGUAUUUUAUAUAUGUAUUUUUUUUUUAAUAAUUUCUUUUGUAUAGUAUAAAUACUUUUUUUUUUAGUUAAAUUUGUAAAUUAAUUAAUUAAUUAAUAAAGGGAGGGAUUAAUUUUUCUUUAUAUAAUGAUAAAAAAACAUUUAUUAUUAUAUAAAGGAAGAUUAUUAUUUA